GUCUAGGGUGACCUCUACUGAAUCUGCAGAGCACUUUCUGGCACUGACUGGAUCUUAGCAAAAGGAAGCGGGAUCCCAGCCAGGUAAGGGCCUGUGUGGGGCAGGAUGGAAGGAACAGACACCUCCAGUGGCCCCCUGCACAACAUCCCCUCAGUGUUCCAGGUCUCCUGAAGCCAUGGGCACCCGAUUCCUCCUGGCUGUGUUUCUUGUCCUCUUGGUAUUGGGAUUUGCCCCAGCAGCUGCCCUGAUACACUCUCCCCCUGCAGAGGCCCAGGGGGCCCUGCUGCCCCAGCAAGAUGAACCCAGCAGCCCCACCCUGCUCACCCAGAUGCAGGAAUCACUCUCCAGCUACUGGGAUUCAGCCAAGGAAGCUGCCCGAGGCCUGUACGAGAAAACAUACCUGCCCACGGUGGACGAGAAACUCAGGGACAUGUACAGCAAAAGCACAGCAGCCGUGAGCACUUACGCAGGUAUUUUCACUGACCAGCUCUAUACUCUGCUGAAGGGAGACCAGUAACAGCCAGGCCCUGGCAUCCCAGGCUCUCCUGACCUGCCCCAGGACUAGACUGGGCUCCCUCUUCCCAGCCUGCUGCCAGCUCUGAAUUCUUAUCAAUAAAAACUUCCACAGAA